AAUAUUAAACGGAGAGCGCAUGUGCUGCAAUGUUUAACGGUUUACGAAAACUUCGUAAUGUGUUUUUUAUACCGCGAAAUAUGAUGCCGCGAUGUCCACUCGCUUCUGUAAGUAGAUAUAUAAAACUAAUUCCCCUUCAAUAAAGAUUAGUCUACAAUCUAUCGGCAAGAACAUUCAAUGUGCGAGUGCUCACAUCACGAAUUACAACGGAGUCAUCCAGAACUCUGGAUUUUCCAGAAAAAGAUCCGAACCACCGUUCGAAUGAAACAAUGUCCCAAAAUCAACAAGAAGAAAUCGAAUUAAGUAGUACUCAACCAGCCGACAUACUCAUCAUUGCAAAACCUUCGAAGUCUACCUUCUACGGCCGAAAACAGCAAUCAAAAUUAGUUAGAUGUCUUACGGUGCUGGCGUACGUCUUAAGUGUCUCUUUGGCUGCGAUUAUUUUAUCAGUUUAUUACAUAUUUGUAUGGGAAGGCAAACCGUCGCUAUCCUACAAUAGCUAUUUAAGAACAGGAAGUCAUUAUGCAUUUGAUAAUAAAUCGUAUCAUAGAAAAAUUGCAACAAAAGAACUCCAACGGUCCAGAGUAUUUAAUGGAAUAGACAGUGCUUCGCUAGUAAUCAACACUAUUCAAGAAAUGCAAAACACUCACGAACAAAAUGCUAGUGAGAAUUCCUCUUAUAGUCAGUUGGAAAGUACUACGUACACUGGUAAUAAAAAUGUCUCAAAUGAAGCACCUCGAGCGAUAGACGAAACUUUACAUUUCGAAGAGGCCUCAUACGUUACAGUACCAUCGGAAGAAAACUCUACUUGGCUGCCCGAAGAAUCUGAUAAUUUCGAUGGAGAUUAUAAUGAAUUUCAAACGGAACCAAUUUUUAUAAAAAGAUUAUUUGGAUACCACAAAGCAAGAAUAAAAUAAGCAGACAAUUUUCGCCAUAGUAAGAAGUAUAAGAUUGUUCAUUAGAUGAUGGCACCAUACCGCAAAAUAUUAGUUAUUUUAUAUUAUGAUACUUAAAAAAAGCCUUCUAGUUAGAUAUGUUGUUCUUAUGUCGGAUAGGGAUUAUGUCAUGCGUGUAGAUAAUGGCGAAAUAAUGUGAAACUUAACAAUUAAAGCAUAAUGUUUGCCUUAA